AUGGCGCGCAAAGGUGAUGAAGUAAAGGAGAAGCACUUCACGACCCGCAAAGUCGAUGGAAAGGAGAUUUGCAAGUGUAACUAUUGCAAACAUGAGUUCAAAUUCUCGAAUGCGAGGCAGCUACGUACACAUCUGGCCAGAGGAAAGACAUGUAACACGCCGGCAAAUGUUAGGGAUUACUAUAUAAGGCGUUCUUUGGAGGAUCAGCAGAAGCCAAGCAAUGCGCUUGCCCUGACCCGUCCCGUAAACGCUCCUCAAUACACAGCAGGUGAUGUAG